UCUCCCAGGCACAUGUAGAGCGCACAUGCAGCUUGGCUUUACUGAACGCAAGGCACGAUCGAAUAAGCGCAUCAAUUUCCCCGCAGCUCCAGAUCACCGCCAAUGAAAACGCACAAAGCGUGAGAUGGUAUGGUGGAGGGAGGGGGCAGAGAAGGGGAAUCAGAGGUAGAAAGUGUGAGCCAAAACCUCCCCAUACACACACACAUACGAGGACAACUACUCAAGCUGGGACGACCCAAAAGGCGGUCACAUUUCCCAUGCUCACCUGCAAACGUGAUUGAUGUGGGUGUUUGUAUCAGUGGGUGUGUAUGUCAUGUCUGACACUAUCACACCGGUCAGGGAUUUGCUGACUUCACUCUCUUAGAAAGUGUGAGAAUUGUGCACCACCAGCCGCGCUCCACAGUCGCGCUUGUGCAGCUGAGCAAUACGCAAUAAGUCCUCCAGAUAUCUCCGAAGAGCCAAGCCGCAACUUGCAGAGAGGGACUGACUCUUACGCACCUGAACAGAGACCCUGAUGCGCACUGACGCAUUUUUCACCACUUCUUCCAGUUUCUCCAUGGAGCAGGUGUUUUCUGCGGAGCUAUUUUUUUGACUUUCUUGUCGGUCUUCUAAAACCAGCCAUUCCCUGACAUCCGUGAAGUCCUUUUAAAGUCAGCAAUAACAACUUAAGAGAGAUGGAUAACAGUCCUGGAGGUGGAGGUGGUGUCAUCCUGUAUGCAGGAUCAUCAGGAAGUGCCAGUCCAAGCCCUGGCAGCCCUUCCAGUGGGUACCAAACACAGUCCCCCUCAUCACACUCCCAGCCUUCAUCUCCAGAAGAGAUUACCUUCACAGAGAUCGGGGCGCUCAAACAGGGGAGGGAAACUGGGGGCAGCACCCCAACCUCCAAACUGGUGUUCCAGUUCCCAGAUGUCUACAGUGCUUCCCCAUCCACAGCUGUUCAACAGCAACCCUACACACAUCCCAUUGCAGGAAAGAGGCCCUGCGGAUUUGCAGGAACCUUUACCAAAACUGGUGGAAUGGUCCUGCUCUGUAAAGUUUGUGGAGACAUUGCAUCUGGUUUCCACUAUGGCGUGCAUGCAUGUGAGGGCUGCAAGGGCUUUUUUCGACGCAGCAUCCAGCAGAAUAUCAACUACAAGAUGUGCGUCAAAAAUGAGAACUGUCUGAUCAUGCGCAUGAACCGUAACAGAUGCCAGCACUGUCGUUUCAAGAAAUGCAUCUCUGUCGGCAUGUCAAGAGAUGCUGUCCGUUUUGGCCGCAUUCCUAAACGGGAGAAGCAGAGACUCCUUGAUGAGAUGCAGAGCUACAUGAACAGCCUGAAUGAGUCAGCUCCCAUGGAUAUGGACUCUCCCAUUAUGGAGAGUACCAACAGCACAGAUGACUGCAGCUCAAAAGAGGCCAUUGGGACAAUAUCCAGAGCCUAUCGUGACAUCUUCACCACCAACAACAGCCAUGAAAGAUCCUCCAACAGGGCCAGCAUUUCCGCUUCCAACAGCAGCAGCAACAACAACAACAAUGCUUCAACCUUUCCUCGAGAUGGUAGUUUCCAAGCACAGUCUCAUCCCAGUUCCACCCAGAGUUAUCAGUCCUGCCCCGUUUCACACACAGCUAUGUGUCCUGUCACCUCUAAUGAAAACCAACCUGUGUUUCACAAAGUGGACAACAAUCAGUUUUCCUAUUUAGUGUCAACAAAUCAGAAUCAAAGCCAAUCGAAUGCUGCAAUGAGGCAAAGGGUCAGCCCCACCAAUCAUAGCAGUUUUCCCACUGGAGAAGUUGCCCAAAAUGCAGCCUCCUGUCCAUGGAAAUUAGCACAAGGAGCAAAAGUGCUGGCCUGUCCCCUCAAUGCGUGCCCUGUAUCAGGAGCAGAGCGAACGAGUCAGGAGAUAUGGGAGUCCUUUUCUCAGUGUUUCACCCCUGCUGUGAAGGAGGUGGUGGAGUUUGCCAAGGGCAUUCCUGGAUUCCAAGAGCUAAGCCAACAGGACCAGGUCAUGCUGUUAAAGUCCGGAACCUUCCAGGUACUCAUGGUGAGGUUUUGCACGUUGUUCAAUGCCGAGCAGCGUACAGUAACUUUCUUAAAUGGUCAAACGUACCCCCUGUCAACUUUGCGAGUCUUGGGCAUGGGGUCUCUUCUGGAUGCAAUGUUUGAAUUCAGUGAGAAGCUGGACUCCCUGGGGCUGGAGCCUGAUGAAAUGGCUCUGUUCAUGGCUGUGGUUCUGGUUUCUGCAGACCGUUCUGGGAUCUCAGACAUGAGAGCUGUGGAGCAGCUUCAGGAGGGUCUGAUCCGCGCCCUCCGAUCACUGAUCGGUCGCCGACGCCCAGACGACUCGGCCCUCUUCCCCAAACUCCUGCUGCGCUUGCCAGACCUGCGAACCCUCAACAACCUGCACUCCGACAAACUGCUGGCCUUUCGAAUUGACCCAUGAGGAGGAGACUGGUUUCAUGUGGAAUAAAGCAAAGACAUUGAAAUACAGACUUUAUGAAGACAGGACUUCCUUUAAAAGCGAGAGACAAGAUGCGGUGCAA